ACGUUACUACUCAAAGGACCUCCCUGUCGAGAAAGCAGAGAGUUGGCACGGACGGUCGAUGGACAAACGAAACGGAAGGAGCAGAGAGCGGCACGCGUGUACGCGUCAUCCCUGAAGAGAAAAACGCUCGACGUUUCGGUGGCAUUUCCGAACUUUAUCUGAUCCUUAACAAAGCAGUCCAACAAACCGGCGUGUAGCAUUUACGAGGGUUGGCAGGGUGACACCCACCCCUCGAGGAAAGCUCUUCGGGGGGGGUGAAUUUUCGUGACGUUUCGACAACGUACUGAGCAGCAGUGACAGUCGGCAACAGGAGCCUAAGGCGUUACGGUGCCUGCCGGAACCAAUCGGCACCUGACAAGUCCCACGAGAGAUCCACUCGGUCUGUAACAACAAGCAGAACGACAGACAGAUCAGUGCUUGCGAAGAGAUAGUACCUGUCCACAGGAUAACGCUGGUCAAAUCCGACACGGUCCGUCGAACGGUUUAAUGUUAAGGGUUGAUAUGCGGUGAUCAGUGUUCGUUAUCGAAAUACCCCGGAAGGAUCGUACUUUAAAAUUGCUUCAGGACGAUCUUAUCGGCGAUUAGCAUCGGGGUCAUGCGCACGACCCUGUGAGUGCGACUCGAAGAAUUUGCGAGGAGUUCGCGCAAGACUAAGAAUCGACGAGCUCGCGAGUAUAUCGCGCGAGAUGUUCAUUCAGUGAUAGUUCGUGUGCACGGUGCCUCGCGCUCUGCCUCUGAUCGAAGAUAAAGACGACGGUGAGAGGAUUUUACGCACGGGACACUACGGGAUUCGCGACACGCGAGACACACGCCGGAAGAUGAGGCUCUGCGUGUUGCUGACCGUGCUCUUGGUGACGGUGCACGUGUCUCUCGCUAUCAAGGUGAAUCGGUCGAGGAAUAAGAAUCACAGCAGGGGAGGAUCCACAUGGUGGGGUAUUGCAAAAGCGGGUGAACCUAAUAAUUUUCCACCUAAUCCUUCUUUGAACUUGGAACCCUCUUUUUAUGGAACAUUGAGGCGAAAACAGAGGAAACUUGUCAGGGAUAAUCCUGGAGUAUUAAUGGCUGUGGCAAGAGGUGCAAAUCAAGCCAUUGCCGAAUGUCAGUACCAGUUUCGCAAUCGACGAUGGAAUUGUUCAACAAAAAAUUUUCUUCGAGGAAGAAAUCUCUUUGGCAAGAUUGUCGAUAGAGGAUGCCGAGAGACUGCCUUCAUCUACGCCAUCAUGAGCGCAGCUGUAACUCACAGUAUUGCAAGAGCAUGUAGCGAGGGUAGCGUUCAGUCGUGUUCGUGCGACUAUUCUCACCAAUCACGCGCAUCAUCUGUUGUUAGAGACUGGGAAUGGGGCGGUUGCUCGGAUAACAUCGGAUACGGUUUCAUGUUCUCCCGCGAAUUUGUCGAUACCGGCGAACGCGGUCGAAAUCUACGUGAGAAGAUGAAUCUGCAUAAUAACGAAGCCGGCAGAGCACACGUGUCUUCGGAGAUGCGACAAGAAUGUAAGUGCCACGGUAUGUCGGGCUCGUGCGCGGUCAAGACGUGCUGGAUGCGGCUACCGAACUUUCGCGUGGUUGGAGACAAUCUCAAGGAUCGUUUCGACGGAGCGUCCCGGAUCGGAGUCAGCAAUUCGCCUCCUGAGCGCACCAGCAACGUUGUCAGCAACUCUCCGAGCAAUUCUGUGCACCAUAUUCGCGAGGGUCUUGGGCGCAAACAACGCUACAACUUUCAACUAAAGCCAUUCAAUUCGGACCACAAACCGCCCGGACCAAAGGACCUCGUUUAUAUGGAUCCGUCGCCAGCGUUUUGCGAAAAGGAUCCGCAUCUCGGUAUUCUGGGUACUUACGGGCGACAGUGUAACGACACCAGUAUCGGCGUUGACGGCUGCGACUUGAUGUGCUGCGGCAGGGGCUACAAGACACAAGAAGUGACGAUAAUUGAGAGAUGCGCUUGCAUCUUCCACUGGUGCUGCGAAGUCAAAUGCCAGGUGUGCAGGACGAAAAAGACAAUACAUACAUGCAUCUAAGAAGAUCGUGUUAGUGUAUUAUCGAAAACUCUCGGUAGUAGUUGAAACUAAUCGGACUGAAUUGAUAUUAAAUUAAACUCGGUUUGUUUGUUUGUUUUUUUAUUUUUUUGAGAAAUUUACAAGUGUAAAAUUAUCACAAUCGAUUUAGAAAUCGGACGGAUGCGACUUUUUUGUGGCUCAGACAACUCUACUUGUGAGUGAUUUUUUUAACUUGUGAGAGCUUUUGCCAUGAAACUAGCCGGAUGAAAGAAACCGGCGAAGUUGUCGCAUGGAGUCCCGCGUGAGUUCGCGAGGCCCUUUCGUCUUCAGUAUUACGCGAAACAAACGGUAUCAUAUGUAUUUAUUAUGUCGCGUUGCAUAUUCAAGACUGAAAUGAUGUGUGAAGCGUUAGCGCGAUUGUAGAUUUUCUAAGGUUUUAAGCAUCAGAAAAAAUUAUAGAAUAUACGAAAAAAUAGAUAAAAAGAUAUUGGUCUAUAAAUAUUAGUGUAAAUAUUGGUAUACUAAUGUUACAUCGGCUUGCUAUUUUGUGUUCAUCGAUGAAGAGAUAACUUGAUCACAACUUGUAAUAAAGAUAUCUAAAAUAUAACAUUACCAUGUAGUAGAGAAAAAUAAUUUAAGGCUAUAUUACUAUUUAUAUUUUUUAAUUACGAGUGUUUAAUAAAUGAGUAUUAAACACUCGUAUGCGCAUUUAAUAACAUUAUGAUAUAGUAUUAAAAAUCAAUUUAUUGGCUUUCUCUCUCUUUCUCUCUUUAUUUAUCUACCUUUCUUUAUCUAUUUUUCUAUUUAUUUAUCUCAGUAGAUUAAUCAAAUUAAAUUACUAGCUUUAUUAUGGAAGAUUACUUACUUAAUUUUUAUGAUAAAUAAAGACAGAAAAAGCCUUCAAUUAUUUUUUUCUACUGCAUAAGGUCUUUGUUUUAGGUGAAAAAAACAUAAUUUAUUUUAAAAUACUAUUCUUUAUGUGUGUGAUUUAGACACACUGUCUUCGAAUAAUUUGGAAUAUUUAAAAUCAUAUAUUUGUGUACAUAAAUAGAUUAUAUAUAAUGAUAUAUUUUGCUGCAUCGCAAGUCGAUCGAUGACUAAUAUAUUCUUUCGUAAAGUCUAUUGUAAAUAAAACUUGUGUGAUUUUUCACAAGACAACUAACAUCGGACAUAAUAAAUUAUAUUUUUAUACUUUUCUUGACGCUUCUCUAUUUUCUCUCUCUUCUUUUGCCAGAGUUUCGUAGAUUUCGCGCCCAGGGAAUCUUAAAACUAUUCAAUUAAUUUUUCAACCAACGCUGAGUAAGGAAAUUACUCUUUGGAAACUCUAAUAAUAACAGUUCGAACGUUGUGCAUAAUAUAUGUAUUAAUUAUUGCUCGUAUAAUUUAUGCAAUAAAUA